CCUUCUAUCCCGUCAAGUCAACCCUCUCGCUGUCGUCGAGCCCAACCUCCAAGAUGGAUUCCGCCAAGCAGCCUGUUAAGCUCGUCAAGGUGACUCGUGUUCUCGGCCGUACCGGCUCCCGUGGUGGUGUCACCCAGGUCCGCGUCGAGUUCAUGGAUGACACUUCCCGCAGCAUCAUCCGUAACGUCAAGGGUCCAGUCAAGGUCGAUGACAUCCUCUGCCUGCUCGAAUCCGAGAGAGAGGCCCGCCGUCUGCGGUAA